AACAUCCAUCAUUAACACAAUGGACUUAAGAUAAACCGAACUAUUUACUAAUAGAUUUACGCGUACCUACCUACUACGCAAUUUAGGUUUAGUAAGACAUGGUACAAUAAUGAAGCAGGUAAAAGAGGGAAAAAUUACAGCUGAACUUUUGGAGGGGUUUUUGAAAAACAAAAUAUGUGUAGAACCAGCUCCCAAAAUUGGCUAUCGCCACUUACAAGUUUUUCUCUACUUUCUGCUCUGUUUCAUUGGUUUUGGGUUUAGGGUCAUCCUAUCUGUAGCCAUAGUGGCUAUGACUGACCCUAACACUAACCCUAAUCCAAAUAUACCGACUUAUCCAGAAUGGCACGACAAAAACGUAAUUCUUUCGGCAUUUUUCUGGGGCUACAUGUUGCCGCAAGUGUUCGCCGGAUGGGCUGCUAGAAGAUUCGGUGCCAAAUGGUUCCUGGUAACUACAUUCGCUGUUAACUCUGUUGCAGGCUUCCUUACUCCUAUGGCUGCAGCGCAAUUUGGUUCGAAAGGCGUUAUGCUGAUUAGAGUAGCUCAAGGUCUCACUCAAGGUUUUAUGUACCCGUCUGUUACUCAUCUUAUGAGCCAAUGGGUACCGGUUGAGGAAAGAAGUCGCUUAUCAACUAUAGUUUAUGCUGCUGGUUCUGCCGGUACCAUCGUAGCAAUGUUUGUAAGUGGCCUAAUAUCAGCUAGUCCAUAUGGUUGGCCGAUGGUAUUCUACCUAUAUGGAGGUCUUGGUAUCAUUUGGUGCGUUUUAAUGGCUCUUUUAGGACACGACAGUCCUUCCAUACAUCCUUCCAUAAGCAAAGCUGAACAGUUUUACAUUGAAAGGAGUUUGAUGCACAAUAUGGACAAAGGGAAUCAUCCAACUCCGUGGAAGGCCAUAUUAACAUCUUCAAAAGUGUGGGCUUUGCUUUUAGCCAUGAUUGGAAAUAAUUACACAUGGUGGACAUUAUUGACUCAAAUACCAUCGUACAUGAACUCGGUGAUGCAUUUUGAUAUUAAAAACAAUAGUCUAUUAUCGUCUCUUCCUUACUUGACAUUAUGGAUUUUAAGUUUUGGAGUUGGAUUUUCUUCCGACUAUAUCAUCAACAAAGGUCUAUUGGAAAGAACCAUUUCCAGAAAAGUGUUCAACUCCUUUGGUAUGUACUUGCCAGCAAUAGCUUUAGUAAUCCUAGGCUAUACUCGUUCUGAUGAACCUAUUAGAGGAGUAGCAUUGUUGAUAGCAGCAGUCAGCACUAAUGCUUUCCAUUUUGCCGGAUUCAGUCCCAACUCAAUGGACUUGUCACCGAAUCAUGCAGGAGCUAUAAUGGGACUGGGAGGAUUGAGUCAGUUUACUGGAGUGAUUGCUCCUUUAGUUGUACAAGCUGUAGUAACUGAUCCAACUAAUCCAGUACAUUGGAGAUAUGUUUUCUUUAUCUCAGCAGGAUUGUGCGUAAUAACAGCUACGAUAUUUAACAUUUUUGGUACGGCAAAGGUGCAAGCGUGGAAUAAUGAAGAGGAAAAACAAGACGCAGAAAAGUCAGAAUCUUCACUUUAGCUCAAAAACUCCUUAUUUCUAUAUUCAGAGGCCCGAUUCUCGGCGGAAAAUCCAAAGAAAAACCAACGAAAAUGACAUUCCAAAGCCUAUACUUGAUAAGACCAAAGUUUUCGUUACUUACCCCAUUUGAAAACUGAAAUUUUUUGUCAGAAAACGACGCAAAUCCAAAGCCUCGCACUUUAAAACUACUUUUCAAGCUGGAAAAGUCCCGGAAAACUGGAAAAUUCGAGAAAAAGCCGAGACAAAAACAAAAACGCAUCACUCAAAUUAGCCGACUGUCAAAUGUCACUGUCAGGCUUUAUAAAUCACAUUCCAAGGCCUACUCAAUUAAAACCUGAAUGAAGUUGGCUCCAAGCGGUGUUGGCCACCUAAAAAAAUCAUUUUAAAUAUGUAAUUUAUUAAAAACGCCGUUAAUUAAUUAAUUAAUAAUGAUUUUAAAACUUAAAAUUCCCCAAAAAAGGUUGUAUUUUAAUAAAUUUUAAUAAACCUUUCGUCCUUUAUUUCAGCAUUUGAAAACUGGAAUUUUUGGCAGAAAUUGAAGAAAAUCGAAAGCCCCGCACUUUAAAUCAGUUUUUCCGACUGAAAAAACCCUGGAAAAGCGGAAAAUUCGAGGAAAACUGGAUAAAAACACUCAAAACAGCCGACUGUCAAAAGUGGCAAAUGACAUUGUACUUGUACUAUUUGAUUAAAAGCGAUGUUGCCACAAGUACAAUCUCGAACCGAAUGUUUUUAUAGAUUUUUCCUCCUUUUCCGAUGAAUUUGCUGUCUAGAAAAGUAACAAUUUUCUAUUUUUGAGACUAAUUUGAUUGUAUUUUUGAAAAAAACAGUAAUUAUAAUGAGUAAGACAAAGAAGGAGAUGAAAUUGGAUUCACUUAAUUGCAAUUAUAAAUGAGAAGACAAAGGGAGAAAUAAAGUAAGAUAUAAUUUAAGUGCUUGGUCUAUGUAGUGACAGAAAAAGACGCAGAUUCAAAGUGCCGGAAAUUUUUUUAAAAAAACUACAUUCCAAAGCCUACUUGAUAAAACUAAAGUUUUUGUUACUUACCCUAUUGAAAAGCGGACAUUUUUGGCAGAAAAUGAAGGAAAUUCAAAGCCUCGCACUUUGAAUAGGUUUUCCCGAUCGGAAAAGCCCUGAAAAAGUGGAGAAAUCGAAAAAAAAACUGGAUAAAAACGAAAACAUGUAACUUAAAAUGGCCAACUGUCAAAAGUGGCAAAUUAUUAUUGAAUAAUGGAUAAUGGUUUUUUGCUUAAAAUGUAUUAAAAAGCUGUUAAAUAUUUAAAUAAUAAUGAUUAAAAAUAUCAAAAUUUCCGAAAUAAGGCAAUAGAAACUUGUUUUUAGUUUAAUUUCAAUGAAAAUGACAUUCCAAGGCCUACUUGAUAUAAGUAAGACGAAGAAGGAGAUAAGGUAGGAUACAAUUGUGAAUACUGACUUAAUAAAUAGAAAAUACCUUUAGGUAAUUAGCCCAGAGUUAGAAUAAACCUAGGGUCAGCAAACUCUGCCAGUUAUCCCUUGAUUGAUAAACCGGCCCUGAAAAGCGUAAAACUUCGAGGUAAAUUGGAUAAAAAUACUCAAAAUGACCGACUGUCAAAAGUGACAAAUGACAUUUAUUUUAAUGCCUACUUGAUUGAAAGCGAUGUUGUUACAAUUGCACUCGAACCGAAUGUUUUUACAGAUUUAUUCUGAUUUUCCGAUGAAUUUGCAGCCUGGAAAAGUAACAUAUUUCCAUUUUUAAUGGUAAUUUGAUUGUAUUUUUGGAAAAAACAGUGAUUAUAAUGAGUAAGAAACUACCUUUUUUCGUUUAAAAAGACCCUGGAAAAGCGGAAAAUCCAAAAAAAAAAAAACAACGAAAAUGACAUUUCAAAGCCUACUUGAUAAGACUAAAGUUUUCGUUACUUACCCCAUUUGAAAACUGGAAAUUUUUGGCAGAAAAUGACGCAAAUCCAAAGCCCCGCACUUUAAAACCACUUUUCCCGAAAAGUCCCGGAAAACUGGAAAAUUCUAGAAAAAGCCGGGACAAGAACAAAAAUGCAUCACUCAUUGAUCGUCUGUCAAAUAUCACUCUCAGGCUUUAUAAAUCAGAUUCCAAGGCCUUCUCGAUUGAAACCUGAGUGAAGUUGGCUACAAGCGGUGUUGGCCACCUAAAAAAAUCAUUUAAAAUGUGCAAUCUACUAAAAAAAUCCCUUAAAUAAUUAUUUAAUAAUGAUUUUAAAACUUAAAAUUCCUCAAAAAAGGUUGUUUUUUAAUAUAUUUUUCUCACUUACCCACCUCCAUUUCAGCAUUUAAAAGCUGGAAUUUUUGGCAGAAAUUUGAGAAAUUGAAGAAUAUCCGAACGCCCGCACUUUAUAUCAAUUUUUCCGACUUAAAAAGCCUUGGAAAAGCGGAAAAUUCGAGAACAAUUGAAAAAAAAAAAAACACUGAAAAAGGCCGACUAUCAAAAGUGGUACAUGACAUUUAUUACAAAGCCCACUUGAUUGAAAGCGAUUUUGCCACAAUUAGAAUCUCGAGCCGAAUGUUUUCACAGAUUUUUCCCCAUUUUCCGAUGAAUUUGCUGCCUAGAAAAAUAACAAAUUUCCAUUUUUGGGAAAUGCAAUAGGUAGAUAGAUAAAGGUAGAAAUAAAGUAGAAUAUAAUUUAGGUGCUUGGUACAUCUAGUGACAGAAAAGGACGCGGAUUCAAAAUGCCGGAAAAUUUGAAGAAAAAAAUCAACGAAAACUACAAACAUUCCAAAGCCUACUUGAUAAAACUAAAGUUUUCGUUACUUACCCCAUUGAAAAGCGGACAUUUUGGCAGAAAAUAAAGGAAAUUCAAAGCCUCGCACUUUGAAUAGGUUUUCCCGAUCGAAAAAGCCCUGAAAAAGUGGAGAAUUCGAAAAAAAAAUGGAUAAAAACGAUGGUUGACUGUUAAAAGUGGAAAAUUAUUAUUGAAAGCGACGUUGCCACAUAGCUACAUCUCGAGUUGAAAAAAUAAUGGUUUUUUGCUUGAAUUUUAUUAAAAAGCUGUUAAAUAAUUAAAUAAUAAUGAUUAUAAAUAUCAAAAUUUCCAAAAUAAGGCAAUGGAAACUUAUUUUCAGUUUAAUUUCAAUGAAAAUAACAUUUCAAGGCCUACUUGAUAGUAUGAGUAAGACAAAGAAGGAGAUAAGGUAGGAUACAAUUGCGAAUACUGAUUGAUAGUAAAGCUGCAGUAUUAAUGAGAUUUGAGUAAAUUACCUUCAGUAAUUCUCCUUGUAUGUACAUGUUUUUAUUUUAAUUUAUUUUAUUUUAUUUUACUUGUUGAUACAUCUUCACAAACACCAUGAAGGUAGUUAAAAGCAAAGAUAAAAUCGAGGACAAAAGAACAAAGAGAGUAAAAUAAACAAUAAAUGUGAACUUAAAACUAACACAAAAGACAUACACAGUAAAUAGAUAAAAUUCUUUUAAUUCUAACAAGGAAACAUUACACAAUCGUGACAAUCACAGAUUAAGAUAUUAAACCAAUCAACUGAGAGAGGCUAGCACUGUUCCAUCAUUUUAUUUAGAGUAAUAGUUUAUACUGACUAUAGUUUUAAAAAUAUCUAUGCUAAGAAUCCUUAAGUUAACUUUAGGUAGGUACCCUAAAAUCCAUAAAAUUACAAUGUUUGUAUUUUAUAUUAUUGACAAUAUAGUAUAUGAAUAUCACAACUUGUUCAUUUCUUCUUUGUACAAGGGAUUUAAUAUGGAAACUAUUUAGCAUUGCCCCAUAUGAGACAAAAAACGGGUACAUUCCAUUUUGCCUAACAUACAGGAAUCUCAAUGUGAUUUAUAUGACAUUGAGCCAGUGGCAUCCAGAUUUGAG